ACUGAUUAAGAGAUCAUCUAUUUUAUUCGUAUGAGUUCAAGCUUAUUUUGUACAUGUCACGGUGCUAUAACGCAGAGGAAUGCAAGUUCUCCUAUAGUAUUAAUGAACAAAAAUGAUAUUCGAGAUAUAUACAAUGAUUUUUAAGGACUAUCAGAAGCAUGAACUGUAUAUAAAGCAAAUAUGAGCGAAGUAAAAAAAGAAGAGAAAACGCCACUCCGCUAUCAUGAGUGGAUGAUUAGACCAUGUAUGAUAUACAAAGAUGAGUAUGAUGAUUGCAGCAGUAUAAAGGCUCGUUUCCAUCAAUACUUUAUAUUCGGUGAAACAAUCGACUGCAACCAGUGGAAGAUUGAUUAUCGCAAUUGCUAUCAAUGGGAAAAGCACAAAUCGGAAGAAGCAUAUGACGCGCUGAUUAAGAGCGAGAAGCAACGCCGAUAUAAUCGAUUGCAUGCGCAUUAUCAGAACGACGUCUGGGAGAGGAGGAAGAAACCGCCAGAGAACUGGAACACUCCUCUGCCCGAAUGGAUGCAAAAGAAGUUUGAGAACUCGUAUCUGCAUAUACGAAACAAAGAGAUGAAGCAGAACGUAGAGCCUUUCCGUUCAUUCCCCGCGAAAAAGAGGAGCAAGGAGGAGUUUUUGAACGCAACGAAGCGUGAGCUGCGCAUGCGUGAGACUUGUUUUCACCUUGAACCAAACCACCAGCCCCGAGCGACGGCGCAGAAUCUCCCGGAGCGGAACGACGCGGGAUCAUUGCGUCGGUAAGGUCGCGGGACAUGCGUGGUCGUCCGAGGAUACGUCGCCUGGCGAUCUUCCUAAUCUCUUAACGGCGUCUACAUCGCCGAGGAGUCAAUUCGUGCGCCGAAUGAAAGAAGAAAAGUCACUGGAUCACGAGACGCGAGUAAACGGAGCGAGUGGAACGUCCAGUGUUUCGAACGUCGCGGCGCGCGAACCUUCCACUCUUGUUUCUACUCGCGCUCUCUUUCUCUCUCUCUCUCUCUCUCUCUCUCUCUCUCUCUCUCUUCCUCUCUCCGUCCUUCCUCAUAAUUACGCCGCUU